AAUGACAUUAAUUGUUUGUAAUUCUAUCACUCUCCUAAUAAUUUCUCCUUAUUGGUCGGACAGACACUAAUUUCGUCACGUGACAAAAAGCAUAAAAAUGCGCGCGUCUGUGGUUCCCGCAGUAUAUCUGAAUUUACUCUUGAAAGUUACGUUCGUAGAAUUUGACCUAGCAGAAAAUGUCUGGCCGUGGGAAAGGUGGUAAAGGUCUUGGCAAAGGGGGUGCAAAAAGGCAUCGCAAAGUGUUAAGAGAUAACAUCCAAGGAAUCACCAAACCUGCAAUUAGGCGUUUGGCAAGACGUGGCGGUGUAAAGCGUAUCUCGGGCCUCAUCUAUGAGGAGACAAGAGGAGUACUUAAAGUUUUCUUGGAAAAUGUUAUUCGAGAUGCAGUUACCUAUACUGAGCAUGCAAAAAGGAAAACUGUCACUGCCAUGGAUGUCGUUUAUGCGUUAAAGAGACAGGGACGUACACUUUACGGAUUUGGUGGUUAGAGACCUCUACUUUCCCCACACCCUGCUCUUUAAAAAAAAAAAA